AAUGCGUGUCGGGCGAGAGACCGUGUGGAGAAUGCGUAUCGGGUGAGAGACCGUGUGGAGAAUGCGUAUCGGGCGAGAGACCGUGUGGAGAACGCCUGUCGGGCGAGAGACCGUGCGUGAGAAUGCGUGUCGGGCGAGAGACCGUGUGGAGAACGCGUGUCGGGCGAGAGGCCGUGUGGACAACGCGUGUCGGGCGAGAGGCCGUGUGGAGAAUGCGUGUCGGGCGAGAGGCCGUGUGGAGAAUGCGUGUCGGGCGAGAGGCCGUGUGGAGAAUGCGUGUCGGGCGAGAGGCCGUGUGGAGAACGCGUGUGGGGCAGAGACCGUGCAUGAGAAUGUGUGUCACAGUGAGAGACCGUGUGUGAGAAUGUGUAUCAUGGUGAGAGACCGUGCCUCGGAAUGUGAGGGAGACUGUCUCCCUGUCAGACUGACCAUUUGAAGCUGUGUUUGAGAAUAGGUGACAGUGUUAGAACUGUAUCACUGUGUGUAGACCGUGGGAGACUGUGUGUGAACAGUAUGACAGACUAUGUUAUUGUGUGUAAGACCUGUGUGUGUGAGACUGUUCGACAGUGUGUGAGAGUAUAUGACAGUGUGGGUGACUGUGUGAACUAUGUUUGGAUUGUAUGAGGCUAUGAGACAGUGUGAGACCAUGUCACGGUGUGUGUGUGUGAACAGUAUGUGACUGUUGGUGUGGGACUGUGUGACAGUGUGUGAGAUUGUUUAACUGUAUGGGGCUGUAUGUGACUGUGUGAAUAGUUUGUGAUGUGAGACUUUAUUUGACAGUGUUUGAGAAUGCACUUGAUGGUGAGUGGGAGAAUGAGUGUGACUAUGAAGCUGACAGUGUGUAUGAUUAUGUGAGAUUGCAUAACUUAACGCUGUGUCAUCCUGACUAUGACAGGGUGACCCAGAGUGCCCUUUUAUGACCCCUUGUGAGUGGAGGGUGGGCUAUAGCAUGGGGCCAUGAGCACAGGCUGCCCGGGAAGUGCCAGAGUGAAGGAUUGUGUGGUUUGUCUGUCUGGCUUGUGGGGUGGGUGGGAGGCUGUGUUCUGCUUGAGGAGGCCAAUGGGCUCUGUGGUUUAGGAGACUGCUGUUGUGGGGGAGAGACAGAGAGAUUGAGAUGAAGAGGAAAAGAUGGAGAUGGGGAGAAGAGAAGAGGGGAAGAGAGCCGGAAAAAGACCAGAGAGCUGGAGAGGGAGAAACUGAGAGAGAAGCCCCAGCAUUACGCCUGGAAAGCAGACUGGGUUGCUGGGCCUUAGCCCUCUCCAGUGUACAGGGAAGGUCUUUCCAUUCCUCUCUUAGUCUCUUGGGCAUGUGAGGAAUUGAAGAGGAAAAAGGAAAGGGAGACCCACUAUAUGUUCUUAAUGAAAAUAAGUGAUUGAUGAUUAAAAUGUAUUUGGCACAAAGAAUGUGCCAAGCACUAUGCUAAAUGCUUUAUUUGGAUCAUUUCAGGAUGCUCCCAACAUUUAAUAGAGAAUAGUUACCAUUUCACUGGUAAGGAAACACAUUUGGAGUGGUUACCUAACUUGCCAAAGGUUGCAUAGUUAGUGAGUGGUGAUGGAGCAGGUGUUUGAGCUCAGGCGUUCUAAUCCCUAACCUAGUAGUUCUUACCAUUAAGUUAUGCUGCUUCUUAAUUAAUGGCUUUAUUUUUCAAGGCAUUGAAGUAUAGUGGAAAAGAACUCGUGAUUUAAAGGUUCUGAUGACUGUCAUACAUAGCCUGCCCAUCCUUCCCCUCCUUUUCCUCCCUCUUUCUCUCUUUCCAAGGAAAUCGCUAAGAAGAAAAGUCAAGAGAUUGGUUUUCAGGUGAAGUGUGUCAUUGCCAGGACCAGAAGCUGGUGUCCUGACUCUUUGGUCCAGUGUCCUCCAGACCACAUGGCCCCUCUGAUAUCUACUCUGUGUAAAGAUGCUUUCUCUGAGGCAUUCAAUUUGUAGUUUUAUCUCAUCCUUGCAGAAAUGGGAGGGUACAUAUUUCCUUUCAACAUCAUUAUCUGGUGGAAAGACUAAAAAAAUCAAACCUGAAAUUAAAAAAAAAAAAGGUCAGACCUGGUUUCCAUUUUGGCUCAAUUCUCACUUUGGAAAAUUUCAUUAAUGAACAGCCUUCAUUUGUAAAAGGUGAAAGAAUCCCUACUUGGUAAUGUCAUUCUGUAAUUGUUAUUGUUUAUAAAUGAGGAAUAACUUAUGCAUAGAAAAUAUUCUUAAGAAAUACAUUUUCUUAAUUUUCAUAAAGAAAAUGGUUUUCUUAAGAGCUAAAGCACAUAGGGAAAAGAAUCGUAAAUUUAGAUGUGAAUGACUUGUUCAGUGACCCUUCUAAUCUACUUAUGUGGUAUAGGGAGAAUGGGAAAGAAAAGGAAAGGAGGGUUUCUAGGCAGGUGAUGCUGGGAGCUGCAGAGCAGGGCAUUUUAUGUUAUUAUUUGGUUUUGUUUUUUUUUUCCUUCUUCAAUUUACUUUCUCAGGAUACUACUCUUUCCUCAGAAAGGAACCUGAAGGAGGAGGACAGAAGAACCAUCAUAAAUUCUUAAAGCCAUGUCUAAGAAUUUGGUGACAUUUGGGGAUGUGGCUGUAAAUUUCUCUCAAGAGGAGUGGGAAUGGCUCAACCCUGCUCAGAGGAAUUUGUACAGGAAGGUGAUGUUGGAGAACUAUAAGAGCCUGGUUUCACUGGGAGUUUCUGUUUCUAAGCCAGAUGUGAUCUCUUUAUUGGAGCAAGGACAAGAGCCCUGGAUGGUGAAGAAGGAGGGAACAAGAGGCACAAGCCCUGGUUGGGAGUAUGUGUUUAAAAACAGUGAAUUUUCAUCAAAGCAAGAUAUUUAUGGAGAGUCUCCCAAAGUAAUCACAAUGGGAAGAAGCCAUCUUACUUAUAACCUUGACUGCCCUAGUAUGAGAGAAAACUGUGAAAGUGAAGACUGGUUUAAGAAACAGUUGGGAAGUCAGGAGGUUCAUUCUAGUCAAUUAAUCAUCACACAUAAAGAAAUCAUUCCAGAAGAUCAAAGUAAUGAAUAUAAUAAAUCUUGGCAAAUAUUCCAUGAGGAUGCAAUAAUUGAUAUACAACAGAGUUUUCCCACCAAAGAAAAGCUACAUAGGCAUGAUCCACAAAAGAGAAGUUACCGAAAAAAAUCUGUUGAAGUGAAACAUAAGAAAGUCUAUGUGGAAAAGAAACUUUUGAAAUGUAAUGAAUGUGAGAAAGUCUUCAAUCAGAGCUCAUCCCUUACUCUUCAUCAGAGAAUUCAUACUGGAGAGAAACCGUAUGCAUGUGUUGAAUGUGGGAAAACCUUCAGCCAGAGUGCAAACCUAGCUCAACAUAAAAGAAUACAUACUGGGGAGAAACCCUAUGAAUGUAAAGAAUGUAGGAAAGCCUUCAGCCAGAAUGCACAUCUUGCUCAACAUCAGAGAGUACAUACUGGAGAGAAACCUUAUCAAUGUAAAGAAUGUAAAAAAGCCUUCAGCCAGAUUGCACACUUGACUCAACAUCAGAGAGUUCAUACUGGAGAGAGACCUUUUGAAUGUAUUGAAUGUGGGAAAGCCUUUAGUAAUGGUUCAUUUCUUGCUCAGCAUCAGAGAAUUCAUACAGGAGAGAAACCUUACGUAUGUAAUGUAUGUGAGAAAGCCUUUAGCCAUCGUGGAUAUCUAAUUGUACAUCAGAGAAUUCAUACUGGAGAGAGACCUUAUGAAUGUAAGGAAUGUAGGAAAGCCUUUAGCCAGUAUGCACAUCUUGCUCAACAUCAGAGAGUUCAUACUGGAGAAAAACCUUAUGAAUGUAAAGUAUGUAGGAAAGCCUUCAGCCAGAUUGCAUACCUUGAUCAACAUCAGAGGGUUCAUACUGGAGAGAAACCAUAUGAAUGUAUUGAAUGUGGGAAAGCCUUUAGCAAUAGUUCUUCACUUGCACAACAUCAGAGAAGUCAUACUGGAGAAAAACCCUAUAUGUGUAAGGAAUGUAGGAAAACAUUUAGCCAGAAUGCAGGCCUUGCUCAACACCAGAGAAUUCAUACUGGAGAGAAACCUUAUGAAUGUAAUAUUUGUGGGAAGGCUUUUAGCUAUAGUGGAUCUCUUACUCUACAUCAGAGAAUUCAUACUGGAGAGAGACCAUAUGAAUGUAAGGAUUGCAGGAAAUCUUUCAGGCAGCGUGCACACCUUGCUCAUCAUGAGAGAAUUCAUACCAUGGAGUCAUUCUUGACUCUUUCAUCUCCCUCACCCUCAACAUCCAAUCAGUUGCCAAGACCUGUAGGUUUUAUCUCCUAAAUAUGUUUAGAAUAUGAUCCCUUCAAUCUAUUUCCAUUUCAUACUUGUCCAAUGCACAUUGAUAUAUUUUCCAUAGAAUAUGGAAAUAGCUUUCUAAUUGGUCUCCCUGUAUUUACCAUCACCACUGUCAGUCGUCCACAUAACAGCCAAACUUGUAUUUUAAAAAGUGAUCAUAUUGUUUCUCCAUUAAAAUUCCUCAGUGAUAUCCCAUAGUUCUUAAGUUAAAGCACACAUUCCUCAAAAUACCCUAUACCCUUUAUCUCCCAAUACCUCCUUGUUCCAGACUACCUUCCAAAGCCCUCUCAUAUCACUAUCCAUCCGAUUCUCUGCAUACUUACCCAAAAUUAAGAACUCGUAUUCCAGUAUCAAAUAAAUCUGGGUUAGAGUUCUUGCUCUUCCAUGUUCUACCUCUCUAAUUUGAGGGGAGCAUUUUGUCUUUUGCAGGCUUCAGUCCUAUUUAUAUUAUGUGAAUAAUAAUGGUACUACCUCAGAAGUUAGUGGAAGAAUUAAAUAAUGCAAGUAAAUUGCUCAGCAGAGUGCCUAGCAUAAAGUAAUAACUAAAAAAUGUAUGUAAAAUAAAAAGAUGCCAUGGUAUACAAUGCAGAGCUAAUCAUCUCAGCUGUGAUCCAUCUGAGAAAUGGAAAGAAUCAGCAGCUCAGGCCUGGGAGAUGGUAAAGCCGUUUGAUUAAGAAUAGUAAUCAUUGUUCUAAAGGUAGCUGAUGAGGUUAUCCAAUACAAUAGGAUUGACUUAAGCAGCUGAUGUCUAUCAGCAUGAACAUGUAGACAUAGGACUAUUGAUAAAAAAACAAUUAGAUUUUCAUCAGUCCUAAGAAGUCAGUUUUAAGAAUGACCUUUAAUAAGACAGGCAGAAUUUACUCACAUGUACUCAUUUAUAUGUAAGCAGGCGCAAAAUAAAAAUUUAAAACACAAGAUAGAAAACUUGAUAAAAUCAGUAGCCUAUAAAGCAUAGAAAAUAAAGUAUGUCAGCACCUGUCCUAAUUCUGGGUGUAUUUUAGCCAUGUCAUUUAAACUAGAAAAGGUGUUAAAUUUCUAAAAUUCCAAAAUUAGAGUAAAAAACCAAAGCUGCAAAUCAAUACUCAUAAACAGGCUGCCUGCAAACAUGUUUGAUUUGGUUUGCAUUGAGGUUACAAUAAAUAUGAAUACCUUUAGGAGAGCAUGUGUUGUCUAGUUCUCUUAAGUUCAAACAACUCUCUCUUCCUUUACAUGUUACCUGUCUUACUCUUUAUAUUUCUUCCUGACUCCUGAAAGCUUUGAGUAUGUUGUUAAUGCAGUAAACAAUUCACAUUAUGAAUAUAUACACAAAUAGAAUGAUGAAAGUUUAAUGGAGGAUUAAAAGGGAGAUUUUUUUUUUUAUCUUCCUCAAGACUAGCUAUCAUAUACGUGUCAGUAGCCUAUAAAUUAAUCUAUAGAUUCUUUGUAUCCUACAAAAUCUGGACAAUAAUUUUUCAAGGUUUGAAACGUGUGAAGAUACACACAUAUACAUUCAUAGAUACAAAAAAAAAUACAUAAUAAAAGUGACAUUUCACAUGAGUGGUUUAGCAGUAUUAGGAAAAUUGGUUCUGUUCUGUACAAAAAUAAUGCUCUCAUUCUAUACCUGAAAGUUACUUGCAAGUGGUUAACCUUAAUGUGGUACAAACAGUUAGAGGAUUGUGUAACACACAAUCAUGGAAUGAGAACAAUAUUCCUAAACAUAAAAUUGCAAGUCCUCUUGCUCCCCAUCCCCAAGAUUCACAGGUUAGACUACGUAUAUACUUUAUAAAGCUUUUGUAUGGUUAGAGAUAGUAUAAACAAAGUGAUAAGGUUUUUUUUAAAACCUCAGAAUGAGAGAAAUUUGUUGCAAUAUAUAUAACCUAUAAAAUGCAUAUCUUUAACAGUGCUCUUACAAAUCACUUAGAAAAUGACACUUCUCUCCGCAUAGGCAGAACAUAGGAAAAGGCAACCAGUGACCUAUAAGUAUAAUAAGUACUGAAUCUCACUGUGAUCAGAAAAAAUAAAGACAACAAAAUAUCCAUUUAAAAAAAUACAUCAGUAAAGAUUUAUGUUUAAGUGUAGGAAAGGUGAUACUUCUGUAAUGUGGAGGGGUUUGAAUUUAUACAACCUCUUUAAUGGGCAGUUUCUCAAUUUUAGAAUUUUGUUUGGAAAACCAAGAUGGUUGCAAGUGGUUAUGUCAGAAUGUAAACAUUUCAAUCUACUGUAGAUUUGGGUCAGGUGGCCCUUAGCAGAAUUAAAAGUCUGUCUUUCUGUUCUUUUUUUUUUAAAGGUAAGACCCUAUCUCUACUCACAUUUAUGUCAUUCAUGUGACUUAACUUGGGUUGACCAUCAGUGAAUUGGUAAUGUGCGAUACAGUAUGACACAAGCCUGAGUUUACUGCUAUCCUAAUAAAGCCACAUGGUUUUGUA